AUGACAGAGGAAGAAAAGCAAGACAAUCAACCACCAGCAGCAACAGCAUCAUCAACGACGAAUCAAGUGAUUGUGACGUUUGAUUUGCGAGACAGUGGCAAAGAUGACAAUUACGGUUUGGACGAUAGUUCCGUCGGCCCUCGUGUGGCACCACCGGAUAUCGAAGAAGGUGCUCUGGAUCCUUCGGAUGACGAUUCGGAACUGUCUGCUUUGCCCCGACGAUGGUCUGAUUUUUCCGGUUUGGACAGUUCUGGCUUUGAUGCUUCCUUUGAAGAUGAACAUGAGCACAGCAGUAGUCUCGGCAACAAAAAGCGACGUGGCGCCAAAAAGGGAGUGCCCGACGAGUCCAUGCUCGUCUUGUCGCCACGAGCAGUCCUGGCACGACGCGUCUUGAUGAUCCUGUACACUUGUUUCGUGGUCCUCGUGUCGACCAUUUGCUUUCUGUUGGCGCAAGGUGCCAAUGAAUGUGUGCAAGACGAUUAUGCCUUUCCUCCCAUUGCGCUGGCACUCUUUAUCGCCAUGGCAUUCUCCUUGAUUGGUGGAGUCGCCUAUGCCUACGACACACUCCUACAACAACAACUCGUCAAUAUUCACAAAGCUGCCAAUCAAUCCAGAGCCAUUGUCACUUCUCUCUUCCCCAAACAAUUCCAUGACCAGCUCUAUCGAGAAGCCGCCAAGAAACAAGAACUAGGAGGACUCUCCAGAGAAUCUUUUGGAUCACACUCUCACUCUCUCGACCCGUUUCCAGCAACGCAACAUCACGCUACACCGGGCGCAUCCUUUCGCCACGCCAGCAAGAAAAAGGGCGACGCCAGCGAACGAGAUACAGAUGACGUUCCCGACCUCACAUCCAAAUCCAACAAGGCAUUUGCACCACUUCCCAAAGCCCGCCUCAAGUCGUUUUUGGAUCAUGAAGGAGACGCCAUGGAGAGUGGUCACUUUAUGCAACAUGCGCGUCCCAUUGCCGAUUUGUUUCCAUCGGCAACCGUCUUGUUUGCCGAUAUUUCCGGGUUCACCGCAUGGAGUUCCGAGCGAGAACCUGUCCAAGUCUUUUAUUUGCUCGAGUCGCUCUACAAGGCGUUUGAUCGAAUUGCCAGGCGUUUCGGAGUCUUUAAGGUGGAGACUAUUGGAGAUUGCUACAUGUGCGUCACGGGGCUUCCAGAUCCACAACCGGACCACGCCACGAGAAUGGUGCGGUUCUCACGACAAAUGAUCAAGCAGGGAUUGGAGAUUUGUAAAAAACUGGAAAGGACCUUGGGGCCGGAUACGGGGGACUUGAGGCUAAGGGUGGGAAUGCACAGUGGACCGGUCACGGCGGGCGUGUUGCGUGGGGAGAAGAGUCGGUUCCAGCUUUUUGGUGACACAGUCAACACUGCUUCCAGAAUGGAGAGUACGGGGGAGCGUCAUCGCAUUCAGCUAUCGCAGACCACUGCUGAUUUGGUCAUUGCCGCUGGGAAGGAAAACUGGAUCUUACCACGUCCGGAUCUCGUCGAAGCAAAGGGAAAGGGGGAUAUGCAAACCUACUGGGCCAUUCAUCACUCCAACAGAGAUGCGCGAACCGCCAACUCCGUCACGGGAGUUUCCAGUGUAUCUGGAGAAUCCAUGCGCUCCAGUCUUCCAUCGGGUGAGCACGGAAACGGUUGGGAUGGUCCUCAGGAGGACGAAAACUUUAUCUUGAACUUGCCAACAACCUCUCGAAGUGCGAAGAAUGCACGUCUAGUCGACUGGAAUGUUGAGUUGUUGGUCCAACAACUCAAACGCGUCGAGGCUCAACGAAGUCCAAAUCUUGCAGGCAAGUUCGUGGAAGACCCAAUGGCGGUGCUCAAAGACAAGGCCGAAACGCCAUACGAAGAAGUGGUGGAAGCCUUUCAAAUCCCCAAGUUUGACGAUGGGCACGUCUUCCGAGAUUCCAUGUCCGUCGAAUUGGAUUCAAAGGCUGUGGAGCAGUUGCACCAGGUCGUCACCAUCAUUGCCGACAAAUACCGUGACAAUGCCUUCCACAGUUUCGAACACGCAAGCCACGUUACGAUGUCUGUGCACAAGCUUCUCAAUCGAGUUGUUACUCCCGAUGAAGUUGACUAUCAGAGGGACGCUGUCGAUGCCAUUGGUUUGGACGUCCAUAACUAUACCUACGGUAUCACUUCUGACGCUCUUAGCCAGUUCGCCAUUGUCUUCUCGGCUCUUAUUCACGACGUGGACCACACUGGUGUCAGCAAUCCUCGUCUGGCCGAAGAAAAUCCUGAGCUUGGAGACAAGUACAAGAAUCGAAGCAUUGCCGAGCAAAAUUCUGUCGAUAUUGCGUGGGAGCUUUUGAUGCAGCCUCAAUACAAAGAAUUGCAGCAAGCCAUCUUCCGUAGCGAAGAAGAACUUUUGCGAUUUCGGUCGGCCGUUGUAAACGCAGUCAUGGCGACCGAUAUCUUCGAGAAGGAUGGAAAAGCAUUCCGCAAUCAACGUUGGGAGAAAGCCUUCCGCUCCAAGGAAGCACACGAAGAGUCUUCUGCCUUUGACGACGAGCAAAUCAACCUGAAGGCAACCAUUGUGAUUGAACACAUCAUUCAAGCUUCCGAUGUGUCACACACAAUGCAACAUUGGAGUAUCUAUCAGAAAUGGAACGAAAAGCUGUUCAGAGAGAUGUACAUGGCCUUUGAUGCAGGAAGGGCGGUGUCAGACCCAUCCAAAGGUUGGUAUAAGGGAGAGCUCUGGUUCUUCGACAAUUACGUGAUUCCGCUAGGGAAGAAGCUGGACGAAUGCAACGUGUUUGGCGUCUCUAGUGAUGAGUAUCUCAACUACGCCGAAACGAACCGCAAGAUUUGGGCCCAAAAGGGCGAAGAAGUCGUCAAGGAAAUGGUUGACAGGUACCAAAAGCGCAAGGAGUUGGAGAUUGGGGGGCUGACAACCGAUGAAAUCAAUGGCUUCUCUGCGAAGGACCUAGAGUACAUCAUGAAGAAGCUGAUCGAGAAGGGACGAAACAGCGGAACGAAGAAAGUGGAUGCUGCCAAGGGCCAAAACGACGCAGCUCAGGCAUGGAUGGAUGCCCUAGAGAUCUACCAGAGGGCUCCUUCGGCGACCGAAAUCAAAGACCGAUCCAUCAUCUUCCCGGUCUACUCUGGAAUCCAUCCUUGGCUCAAGGGAGGGAAAAUCUUCAACGACGAAGAAGGCUUCUUUGAGCAGAAUCUUGCUCGCAAGUUCGUACGCGAAGCCAAGUUGUAUCGAAAAAAUCCAAUCCACUACUACCGUGCGUUGAGCAUGCUCAGCGAGGUCACCGCAAAGAUCCAGGAUUAUUCUACAGCCAUCAAGCUGAGCGAGUUCAUCCUGACAAUGUACAAGCAAGAAAAGCAUUCACGGGAGUUCGAAAAGAUGUACGGUGUUGAUCGAGCGGCCACCCAAUUCGCGAACACUGCGGUUUACCACGAGCACCUGGGGAACCACGAUAAGGCAUCUCAGAUCAUCGAAUACGUACUUAACACGUUUCUCCCGGGCAUGGAUCCGACAAACACGUUGGGAAAUUUCGAGCUCAUGAUGCCAAUUAUUUACGUCCUCCAUUUGAGACGGGAAGACAAGAGAUGCUAUGACGUCUUCAAUGACGAAGUCGAGAGUAAAUUCCAAAAGCACCAUGGCCCGGACGCUUUCACACCCACCAAAUCAAUCCACAAACCCAUACUGUGGCUGUUCAAAAUUGCGCACGAUCUCGAUGGUUUCGAUGAACUCGAUGGUGUCGUAGAGUACUUUGCGGAGGACGACAAGGGAAUGCCCUUCCCUUUCCUGGAAAACAUUGUCGUGAAGACAACAUGGGGACCCAGUCAAAUGUUUGCUGAGCUCUGUCUGUUGGCAGCAAAGAAGCUUGAACGCGAAAAUGGGGACAUGGAAGUUCGGAACAAAAUGCUGCUGAAGGCAUUGAAACUGACGAGGAUGUCUGACUACAACAUCAGAGACAAGAACGGAAACGUGUUGCUUCCGAUUGCACAUGCCCACCAUCAACCAAUCUUUGACGAGAUUGUCGCGCUGGCCAAGUCAGUAGGGAUUUUUGAAGACGAAGAACGGCAGGAACCUACGCCUGGUGUCCAAGUCAAGCUCCCGCAAAGUUACUUGGUAACCCCCACUCCUGCGCUGGAGUUCUUGUCUUAG